AUGACAAUUUCAUUUCUUGAAGAGAUUGCAGAAGUCUUUGAUUCUUCUCAAGAUCACUUCUUGAUCCACUCCGGAGUUUAUGGGAACCAUCGAAGCCUGAUUGAGACAUCUUUUCCAGGCAAAAGUCCUGUCGUGGAUGCUUCCCCAUCAUCUCCUGUUCAAUCAUUCGCAACCAACACAGAACCGUCACUGUCACCAGAAAAUCAAACACCACCAGGAGAUGAAAUCCCCAGACCUUCUAGUUCUGAGCAAGCAAAACCCCCUACCCCACGUCCUUUUUGCAUUGCAGCAGAUGUUCCGAGGCUGCAGCUAUCAGAGCUACAAGCAGCAUGCGAAGAUUUCAGUAACAUCAUCGGCUCUUUCUCAGACGGCAACAUUUAUAAAGGGACUUUGUCUACUGGAGCUGAAAUCGCCGUUGUGUCAGUCGCAGCAGGUUCUCGUGCAGAUUGGUCCACCGCCAUGGAAUCACAACUGUUACAAAAGAUGCAUAAGUUAUCCAAAGUGGAUCACAAGAACUUUCUGAAUGUGAUCGGGUACUGCCGUGAGAACGAGCCCUUCAACCGAAUGCUGGUUUUCGAAUACGCUCCCAAUGGAUCCCUCUCCGAGCAUCUGCACUCUCAACACACAGAGCCCUUGGACUGGCCUACCAGACUCAGAAUCACCAUGGGAAUAGCUUACUGUCUAGAGCACAUGCACAAUCUCAAUCCACCCAUCUUGCACACCAAUUUGGACUCCUCUUCUGUCUACUUGAGUGAAGAUAACGCCGCCAAAGUCUCCGACUUUUCAGUCAUCAACUCCAUAUCUCCUUCUAAGGAAGGUUCCUCGAACAAGAACCUUCUAGAACCCUCAUUACUUGAUCCCCAUACCAACGUCUUCAACUUUGGGGCUGUCGUGUUUGAAAUCAUCAGUGGAAAGUUCCCUGACUCGGAUUCUUUGUUUCUCGAGCCAAAGCCCGCGAGAGAUCUUGUGGACCCGACCCUGAAAACGUUUCAGGAAGAUGUUGUUGAGAGACUCUUGGAAGUGGUUCGACAGUGUAUGAAUCCAUACUCAGCACAGCGGCCAACAAUGAAAGAGGUUGUGGUGAAGUUGAAAGAGAUAACUGGAAUAGAAGCCGAUGCAGCAAUGCCGAGGCUGUCUCCAAGAUGGUGGACGGAGCUAGAGAUCAUAUCCACAUAA